AUGGCGGAAAGCACUGCAGACCUCGAAAAUAUCAGCAACCCCGAUGUCCUGACCAAGUACAAGACUGCGGCUGGCAUUGCGCAAAAGGUCCUGGAGGAGGUUUCAGGAUGGUGUGUACCUGACGCCAAAAUCGUCGAACUCUGCCAGAAGGGAGAUGCACUCCUGGAAUCAGAGCUCGGCCAAGUGUACAAGAACAACAAGAAGAUCAGCAAAGGUGUCGCGACUCCCUGCACAGUCUCGCCGAGCUCCUAUGUUACUCCUUUCACCCCCUUGGUCUCGGACACAGAAGAUGCGGCCAUGACGAUCAAAGCAGGCGAACUGGUCAAGAUCCAGCUGGGCGCCCAGAUUGAUGGCUACGGAGCCGUCGUCGGCAAUACUAUUGUGGUGCCCGAAGAGAAGGGAAAGAAGGCUGAGAUUACGGGCCGACAGGCAGACUUGCUGCUGGCCACCUACUACGCCAACGAGCUGCUUCUGAGACUCAUGAUCCCUCCUGGACUACUGGCUACCGGCUCAGAGGACGAGAAGAAGAAGGCUGCUGCCGAGAAGCCGCCCACCCAGGCCAAGAUCAUUUCCCUGGUCGAAAAGGUCGCCAAAGCAUACGACGUGCAUGUUGUGCAGCAUACUACCUCCUGGCAAUUCGAGCGCAACGAGAUUGAAGGCAAGAAGAGGAUCAUUCUGUCCCCGGCCGAUGGUGCCAAGGGCGAAGGUUCGGCGGAGGUGGGCGAGGUCUGGGGUGUCGAAGUCGGACUCAGUCUGGGAUCCGGCAAGGUCAAGGAACUGGACAAGCGCUCGACUCUUCUGAGGAGAACCACGACAACAUAUGGCUUGAAGCGACCAAGUUCGAGGCAGGUCCUGUCGGAGAUCGUCAAGAAAUUUGGCACCUUCCCCUUCAGUCUCCGUCAAUUGGAUGACGAGAGAGCUGGCAAGGUUGGUGUAGUCGAAUGCAUCCGAUCUGGCGUUCUUCGUGAAUACAAGCCCUCGGCUGAGGCGGACGGGUCUCCUGUUACGAGACUUUUCACCACCAUUGCUAUCACGAAGAAUGGCUUGACCCGCCUGGCAGCUCCGCCUGCUUUGGAUUUAGAAUCGAUCAAGUCGGACAAGAAAAUCGAAGACGAAGAAAUUCUGAAGAUCCUGGAGCAGCCAACGAGCAAAUCUACGGGAUCCAAGAGCAAGAACAAGAAGAAGAAGAAGAAGCCUGCGAAGAAGGCUGCCGCAGCGGAAGCCGAAGACGAGGACGACGACUCCAGCGACGAGGAAUGA